UGGGCUCGAGUUGCCGCAAAGCUCCCGGGGCGAACAAACAAAGAUUGCCGCAAACGAUGGAUAAACAAGGUCUGCGGAAACCUCAAACGAGGGGCAUGGGACGAGGACGAAGACCAGCGACUGCGGCAGGCCGUGAGUAAAUACGGCCAAAGAUGGACGUUGGUUGCGAGCAUGGUGGGUUCACGAAGCUCAGAUCAGUGCGCCAAACGGUGGCAGCAUCGGCUCGAUCCGCGGCUUGAGCACGAGGACUGGACCCCAGAAGAGGACGAUCUCCUCCUAGAAAACGUGCAGACCUACGGGCGCGAGUGGAAAUUUAUCCAAGAAGAGGAUUUUCCAACUCGAUCGUCCAACGAGCUAAAAAACCGG